UUGAAAACAGAGAUGUUCCUAUUCUCAGUCUCCAUAGGUAAGACACACAACGGAGAGACUAAGUACCAGCCACAAGAAAAUGGCGGGGAAAAGUGGUUCUGCAGGUGAUCUCGUGGGAAAAGUUCUCCAGGGAACUUGUGGAUGGUCGGAUUCAUCCAUUGUCAAGUGUGGAAGGUUCUAUCCAGGCUCUGUGAAGACAACAGAGGAUCGUUUGCUGCAUUAUUCGAGGGUCUUUCCUUGCGUGGAGUGCGACACGAGCAACUAUGCGAUUCCCAGCCCGGCUGUUGUGGAAAAAUGGCUCAAGUGUGUUCCUGCUGGUUUCAAGUUCCAUUUCAAAGCUUUUGGAUUCUUUACAAGAAAAUCAAUCUCUCUAUCAGCACUACCACAUGUUGUUAGAGACGAGCUGCCAGCAAGCAUCCUAAAUGGACAAACAUCAAUCACAUGGGAGGAACUGACAGAAGUGCAAAAACAGAAACUCUGGGACAGAUAUAAUUCUGCACUUCUCCCAGCUUAUCAGAAGAACAAGUUGGGAGUUGUGGUUUUCCAGUUCCACCUAGGUUUUCACCCCACUGAUGUGAACAAGAAGCACAUAAUAGAAUGUAGGAAAUUUCUUGAUGUCCGUUAUCCUAUGGCUGUAGAGUUUCGCUCCCGAGUUUGGUUUUCAGCAGAAAACCUGCCUGUGUCCUUAGACUGGCUGAAACAGCAUAAUAUCGGUGGGUAUACCCUUUUACACCCCUGCGAGGAGAGAGGAACUGUGAGAGAAAAGUGUCUUGUCUGAUAGCAAUACAUUACAAAGAACUUGAACCAGCUUGAAAACCUAGGGGUGCAGUUUUGGGUGCAUGUACAGUAAUGGCAUGAUUUUGCCUUACAUUUUUUGUUAUUUUGGGGUUUUAAGAGAGUUCUGAGAGUAUUAGUCAUCAGUUCUCUCUAUGUGAUGUGACCUGGCUCCUUUGAUUUAAAUCUAGUGUUAUUAGGGUAAAUAGGAUGUAAGAAAGUAGCACGUCAUGGUCAGGAAUUGUAUUGUGUUUGUAAAUACCCAAUCCCCAACCCACAACUUAAUUGAGCUGCAACAAAAGCAGAUCUAUAUCAUGGUAAUUUUGUUACACUAUUUCUUACACUGUAACUUGACUGAUGAUUCCCUGAAACGUUACAAAUAGGAGACAUUUAGCAAUACAAUUGAAAGAAAUUUAAGUGUUAUGGCAUCUGUUUAAAACUUCUAUAAUGGUGGCAGGAUCUAGGGAAAACUCGUAGGAAAAUCCCUAAGAGGUACCAAGAUCCUGUUGUGUGGGUGUGGCUUGAAAUUUUUUCACUCCCAAGAGGCAGCAAUUCUAAAACAAGACCAUAUCUCCUGUCAUUUUUUUUUCAGCUCAGUACCCCAAAAGGUAGCACAAAAGCCCCUGCAGAGGACCUUUUGAGGCUGAAUGCCCUAAGAGGUACCAAACUCCUCCU